GCCAUGGCAACAAGUGAAUUCUUCUACUAUCGAUCCGAUUAAUUUUGCAGCUCUCAUGCAAAGAUGAUUGCUUCAGCAGAGUCUGAUCUGUAUGCAUGUGGACGCAGAGUGCAGUACAUCCCUUCCCCCUCCCUCAGUCCCAGAGCAAGUUCUUCUAGUAGCAAGAGAGGUCAUGAGGUCGGUCAUGAGAGACCAGGAGCUGCCACCAAGGAGCACUCUCACAGAACACCCAAGCAACUGCCACCUCUCAACAACCAUCUCAAAGAGCUUGGGAAAAGUCUAGACUUCAAUGAUGAAGUUGUAACUGAUAUUAGCCCUCACCUGCUGAGCUACGCAAAGUCAAAGAAACGCGACAUCAAGUGUUUAUUUCGUCCGGAUGAUUUGGGAAUCAAAACGUACUCCAGACCUCCUCGGAAUGCUCCGAUUGGACGCCACAAUUGCCGUGGUGAUAUGAAACGACAUCUCCCUUGUCAUUUAGUUGAGUCACCCUCCAGACAUACUAACAGAGGAAUUGAUGACAAGAAUGGUGUGUUGGGGUCAAGACAUUACAGUACUGAUUUGAACUUGCCGACUGGUUCAGUUACGAAGACCACUAACAAAACAGGAAUAUACAUGGCACCCUCAACCAAAUCUGUCUUAUGGGAAGACGAAACUCUGGGCAAAGUUAGCAGCUACACAGCUAGGAGACUCACAGGAAAACCAAGCAAUAUAUCCAUCGAGGAUUCAAGCAGAUCGUUGUUACUUAAUAGGCAAUCGAGAUCCUCCAUUGUGAAAAACGCUUCAAAUUUGUCAUGUUUCGAUAUGUACAAUGAUAGUGAGGGACUAGUGUCUCCACCUCCACGAGACUAUCUCACUGAGUUUCAAGAUGGGGCACGUCCAGUACACCAGAAAAUGGCCGAUCGGACCAAGCUCGUUCUGGACAGUGGUGCAAAGUUUGAUGCAGUGGUAGAGGAUUCGUUUCCCUAUUCUCCCACUGAGUGGUGUGGAGCCGCAGGUGAGGCAGAAAAGAAGGAGACAAAGAUAGAGAACGUGCGAGGGUACAGGAAAUGGUUGGACUUUCCUCAGCCAGCUCAAACGAGUGAGGAUCUCCUGUGGGCGUGUCACGAUGUCUCUGUCCUCCCUCCGUCCCAGUCCUCUGAGUCCACUCUCAUCUCACGCAGUCAGGGUGGCAAGAAUAAGGAGUUGUUUGAUAUCAUGCACGAGUGGCAUAAGAAGUGGCAGCUCCAUCUCCAAUUAAAGGACGUUGCCGACCAUAACUCCAUCCUGGCGGACCUACAAAAUGUCUGUGAAACUACUCGUAUGUUAGCAAUCACGUCGAUAGCUCUACUAGCUGAACACCGAGCACUCUCUGAGAUGAAACUGAGUCCCUCAAGCUCCUCCUCUUCCUCUGCUGCUGAGAAACAUGAAAUGGUGGAGGCUUUGACACAACAACUGAAGGACACCACAGAGCAUGUCAGAGUGCCCAGUGCAAUCACCCUCUAUUGUAUGGACAAGCAGAAUGAACAAGCUGAGAAGGUUUUGCUGGCUGCUAUCAGUGGAGCCAAUGCUGUGGAGAGUUGGGCUAGUGUCCAGGUGCUGGCUAUAGUGGGUGUGACCACACUGGCGGUGGUGGAGGUGCUCCUGCAUCACCUGCAAGAUCAUUCAGGUCUCACUGCCAGGAGAGCAUCACAACUGCUCGCCUCUCUCAGCUCUAAGACACAUCUUGUUCACAGCCUCAUCUCUGAGAGCCUCAACUGCUCUGGCUGGUUGGAGAGACUGGCUGCCUGCCAGAUGAUGCCCAAGCUUUACGGAGGCAUCAACAAAGAUGUAUGUCAGAAGCUGGUGUACUUGGCUUGGAAUGACUGGAGUCCAGAGGUGAGGACCGGAGCUUCUCAAGCACUGGGCCUUACAGGACAUGGGAAGAUGAUUCAUGAUGAGGUUGGGCGGAGACUCACUGAUGCCUCGGAAAUCAUUAGAUUGGACGCAUUGAAGAAGCUCCACUCCCUCCACCUAAUGACGGCCCAGCUACUCCCUCCAUUCCUCUCUUGUUUCUCAGACACUCUCAUCUCUAUACGCAUACAAGCCGUCAAAAUGGCCGGAGCCCUAAAACUCACCCACAACAAAGUUCGAGACACCCUCCUCUCUCUAUUAACACACGACUCCAGCUGGAAAGUUAAAGUAGCCACCCUCCAGGCUAUAGCCGAGUGUGGGGUGGUGGAUGAAGGGCUAGUCGCGCAGUUGGUGUGGGUGAUACGGUUUGAGAAGCUGGGGAAUGUUCGUGCAGAGGGUUGUCGGACCAUAGGCAGACUGGGGCUCAAGGAGGAGAAGGUUGUGUGUACUCUUAGGGACCUGCUCACUGUAGAGGAUGACCCUGAUGUUAAGAGUGAGGUCACCCGGACAUUAGAGCAGCUGGGUUCUCGUGAAGGGCCUGAGGACGACAUGCUUGAGAUGAUCUGCUCUGAGGUGAAGAGGCUAGGUACCCAGGAGACUAUCACUGCAGCUGUGUUGGGCUCUGAUCGUAACACCAUCACACAUAAGGCCAUACUAGGAGCCAUGAGGCCAGAGUUAACCACUAGGGACAGGCUCAACUACACAGGGCCUAGAGCUUUGACACACAGACAAGACUCCAGUAGAGAAUGCCACACAACUUCCAAUGCUUUAACAACUGAGACCACCACACUUGAUAUACCACCGUCCACCCUCCGUUCACCCAGCGUCCAAUCAGAUUCCUCGACUCGCUCACUCAGAGUUGGCCAUACUGACACUGGCAACCCUGCAGUGAGAUGCAAUGCAAUGGACAUUGUGGCUGCUAGCACCAAAGAGAAGCUGCCUGAUAUCCAAGCAAGAAGACACAAAAAUGAGUGGAGUCCCGAUAGAGAAGGUAUUGAUGGACUUCUCGGAGAUAUUAGAACAUCUUUAGACAUGGACUCCGAUACUUAACAUUAUUCCAUUUGCUUGUGUGUUGUAUUGUAUGUGCUUUUUCAAUAUCUGAAGUUUUGCUAUUCCUUCAA